AUGGAAGCUACAUUGAUUUCUUCGAUCUCACCACUCCGAUUCCAUCCAUUGGUGCUUUCCCCGAAUAAAACGAUGACGUGGACACAGAAGAAGAAGACGAUGAGCGUUUCUGCUGCUGCGUCUUCUGGGAAAGAUCAUUACUACGGAGGAGGAAGAUUAGUGGACGAGAACAUGAUCGUUCUGAGGAAACGCAUCCACGAGAUGAAGAUGGUUGAGCGAAACUACGAGCCUCCUUCUCAUUGGAUGGAUUGGGAGAAGCGUUUCUACAGCACCUACGACUCCGUUAUCUGCGAUUACGUUGGUCUUCUCCAGAGUUUCCUCAUGAACUCUCGCCCCACCGUCGCAAUCGCGACGCUGCUUCUCCUCCUCGUCAGCGUCCCCGUUUCAUCCUCCGUUUUCGCGUUUCGCAUUCUUGACCUCCUUCAUUGGGUUCUCGCCGCCGCAACAUCGGGCCACGUGGGCUGA